UUCCCACUGAGAAUGUUGCAACAGUUGCAGAUUGUGCCAGCGUGAUUGAGGGCGUGAGCCGUAGCCGCAAUGCUUUGUUGAAUGGAGACACAAAGAAUUAUGACUGGGAUUCUGGGUAUACAUGCCAUCAGCUAGGCAGUGGUGCUAUUGUUGUACAGCUGGCGCAGCCAUACAUGAUUGGAUCAAUUCAGUUACUUCUCUGGGAUUGUGAUGACAGGAGCUACAGCUAUUACGUUGAGGUUUCUACCAAUCAGCAGCAGUGGACCAUGGUGGCUGACCGAACAAAAGUUUCUUGCAA